CCUCCCACCCCCCCCCCCGUCCGUCCGUCCCACCCACGAUCCAGGAUGGAGAACCGCGCCGAGCAGCCCGAGGCCCCCGGCGGCGGAGAGCAGCAGCAGCCCGGCGAUCGCGGAGCCCCUGGUCGGACCCUGUCGGAAGUGAUGCCAGCGCCUCGAAAUGAACAGACGGCGUCCUUGGGGGGGAAGGCAGAGGCUCAGUCCGGCCGCCAGACCCCGCCAGCCCUCCAUCCAGCAGUCCUGUCUCAGCCAGCUGCAGCUGCGACACUGCCAGCCCCAAAUGAACUCGCUGGUGCCAAGACCCCCACCACACCUGUCUCGGAAGCACGUUCUGCCCUCCGGACUCGCCAGCCCAGCCCCCUGCCUGCUGCCCCACUUCCAGAAGCAGAGACCUUGCCUCCUAAGAGUGAUCGCCCCCCACCCAUCGGAGCCCCGAGUCCGCCUCAAACAGAGGAGACGCGUGGCAGUACCCGUCUGCCCCCCAAAAGCGAGCAGCCUCCCCCUGCCCAAGGUUCAGGCACUGCCAGGACAAAACAAGAUUCUCAAAAGGCCCAGGCGAGACACAGAAUGGCCCGGGAGCGUCGUGAAGAACGAGCCAAACAUCUGGCUGCCAAACGGGCAGUGUGGUUGGAGAAGGAAGAGAAGGCCCGCAUGCUGAGGGAAAAACAGCUGGAAGAGAGACGGAGGAGGCUGGAGGAGCAGCGAGUGCGAGCAGAGAAGCGGCGAGCCGCCCUGGAAGAACGCCAGCGCCAAAAGGUGGAGAGGAACAAGGAGCUCUACGAAGCUGCCAUCCAGCGCUCAGUGAAGAAAACCUGGGCUGAAAUCCGGCAGCAGCGAUGGUCGUGGGCUGGGGCGCUGCACCAGGGCUCCCCAGUUCACAAGGAGGGUGCAAGCAGGUGCUCACUCUCUGCUGUAAAUCUCCCCAAACAUGUGGACUCUAUAAUCAACAAGCGCCUCUCCAAAUCUUCUGCCACUCUCUGGAACUCACCCAGUAGAAAUCGUAGUCUCCAACUUAGUGCUUGGGAGAGCAGCAUCGUGGACCGGCUGAUGACCCCGACUCUCGCCUUCUUGGCCCGCAGCAGAAGUGCUGUGACGCUGGCCGGCAAUGGCAAGGAGCAGGUACCCAUGUGCCCCCGCUCGGCUUCUGCCAGCCCUGUAAGCCCCUGCAAAAACCAGCGUGUGCACCGUUGCGCAGAGCGACGGCGCCCGGCAACCAGCAGCCCUGAUGUAUCGCCCCGGAAUAAGCCACAGUCCUCUCCUAAAAAGAAAGAAAAGAAAGACAAGGAUCGGGAAAAUGCCCAAGAAAAGAGUGCCUUAGCUCUCCGCAAACGCUACUCUACGCCUUCUGGCCAGGCGCGUCAGCUGCAUGUACCUGAAGGCAGCCCAAGCCCCAAGGCCAGGCCAGCCUCACCAGCUGUGGUCAAACAGCGCCCUGCCUCGCCAAGCCCGGGACCCAGUAUUUCACAUCGGUCAAGCCUGGCUCGCAGUGCCCAGUCUUCCCCCAAGAGACGAGCUCGCAGGGAGCCCGAGGGCCAACCGAAGGCCCGUGAACGCAAGAACGAACCCAAGGAACGUGGGGUGGCUUCUCCAGCCCCAGAGGAGAGCCUGAAGGCAACUGGGAGCAGCGAAACACCAACAGAUGUCGCUGCCCCCUCUGGGCCUGCCAGCCUGAUGCCUCCACCUCCUCCUCCAACACCAGGCAAGCCAAUGGCUGGCACCACAGACCAAGAAGAAGCUGCUAGACUGCUGUCUGAGAAAAGGCGGGAAGCACGGGAACAGCGGGAGCGGGAGGAGCAGGAGCGGAAGGAGCGAGAGGAACAGGAGCGGCGCCAAGUGGAGGAGAGGGCCCAGCAAGAAGCCAGAGACCGCCUUCAGCAGCAGGUUGAGCUGGCUAGGCUGGAGGAGCAGCAGGCCCGGCGGGAGGAGCAGGAGGCCCAGGAACGGGCUCGGGCGGAGCAAGAGGAACAAGAACGGCUGCAGAAGCAGAAGGAGGAAGCCGAAGCUCGGGCCCGGGAAGAGGCUGAACGCCAGCGAGUGGAACGGGAAAAACAUUUCCAGAAGGAAGAACAAGAGCGGCUGGAGAGGAAGAAGCGCCUGGAAGAGAUCAUGAAACGGACACGAAAAGCCGAUGGAGCUGAUGCAAAGAAGAAAGAGGACAAGAAGAUGGUGAACGGCAAGGAAGGGAAGCAAGGGGGUGGAGUGUGUCCAGAUAGCAAGAAAUAUCCCGGAAGUCUUCCCAAAGAAGAAGAACUGCCCGAGAUGCAACCCUCCAGUCCAGCCAGUCGCAAAGGGCCAGGUCCGGAAGAUAUGCAGCACAGCUGCCCCAUCAACCCCACCCUGACCCUGGUGAAUGGCCUGCAGUCCAGCAAGCAUGAGAAUGGCUUCCCCUCUCCCCAGGAGCCCGGUGGACGGGAGCACCCUGCAGGGUCCGGGCUAAGCGUGGCUAAUGAGCCCAUCCUGCCUUUUGCCAACAAGGAGCCCUUCCUCAACAACGCCGUGGCCAAGGCGCCCCAGGUCACAGAGGUUCUGUAGAAGGGAAUGCCAAAGGACGGGGGCAACGGCCGGCCAUCUGCAGGCUACGUUAGAAUGGAGGAGGUUGACCCGGGGUGAAUUCUGCCCCUCUCUGGACGUGAGGGCAAUGCAAGGAGCCAGGCUGGGGUGCCAGCCCUGUGGACUCACUCACACUUCUUCCUGUCCUCAUUUUAUGACUAGUAUUAUUUUUUUAAUAAGCACCUUAUCCGACUGACCCCAUCUCAUAGCUCAUCUUCAACACUAUAUAACCACAUAGUUAUUUAACUGGCUGGGUAACAAAGGAUGUGAAUAAUGUAUAUAAACUUGGAUGCUAGCACGAGGACUGCGCCUUUGUGAUCUGGCUGCCCCUGCAUUUUUAGGUGAGGGCCGGAUCGCAAGGAGGGGAGAUCAGACCCCCAACUCCAGAAGGGUUUUCCUAAACAAGGGUGUGUCAGUGUUGCAGGUGAGGGUGUGUUCCGGCUAACGGGAAGCAUUUAGAUCAGUGUUUCCUAACCUGGACAACUUUAACUCUUCCCAGUUCCCCAGCCAGCCAGCCACCCAGCCAAGGUUGAGAAACAUGGAUCUAGAUCUCUUAUUUAAAAACCUCUCCCUGUCGGUCUCAGCCAGGAGAUGGGCAACAUUGUGUGGUUGUGUGUGAGUGUAUGUGUGUGUGCACUGUUAGCGACUCAGCAGCUGCCAUCGUCCAACACACUGUGCUUUUUUUUGAGGAGGGGGUGCUGCUGUUUCUCAGUGGGGCAUUGACUGGGGCUGCUGCGCUCAAUGUCACGGUGACAGUAUUAUGCCUCUGAGCAACCUUUGUGGACAAUAAAAUGGAGAAAUCAAG